UAUCGCAAAUACAAAAUGGCCGUCUCUGAUGGAGAAAGGUGUGUCGCUGUCGCGUAAUACAUAUUUUUCGACUUGCAGCGAGGAAUAUCAUUGAACUUCAGUGAAAAGUUUUGGUGUUUUAUUACUACUGCGCCGCCGGCUGCCGUGCGACCGCCGCGUGGCAGGGCUUCGCCCUUCGCGUCGCGCGCGUUUGGAGCCCUCGCUCCUUCCGACCCCCGGUCGGAAUCCUCAAGGAUGUCGAGCGCCCGGCGCAACGGAUCGGUGUCUCGCGCCGCGGAGGCCGCCUCCAAGAACCGGCUUCACAUGGAUCGGAAUCCGCAGCACUCCAGGAUAACCGAUCCAUCGAAUCCGGCCGGACGCCGCAAAGAGAUAGACAACGUGAUGAAGAGAGCACGCCAGGCCUCCCCAGGCAGCUGGGACCGCAAGCUGCUGCAGGUUGAAGAGAAGGACCCAAACAGAUGGCGCCACACGGGCUACAAGCAGAUGUAUUUGGACGGCUCGCGGUCCCCCUCCCCGCGCCGCUCCCGUUCCCCCGCCAGGCGCUCCAGGUCCCCGCUGCCGCUGGCGCGGCGCUCGCGCAGCCCGCUGGCGCGACGCUCGCGCUCGCCGCCGCCGCGCCGCGCCGAACAUGUUCGCUCGCCGCGCCGGAGCCCCCGCCGAUCGCCGCCCAGACGCAGCCCGCUCCCGCUCGGCGGUCGCCGCCGCUCGCCGCGCCCGCGUUCCCCCCCGCCGCGCCCUCGUGACGCGCGCGACGCUCGUGACGCGCGCGACACUCGCGACGCGCGGGACACGCGCGACACCCGCGACGCGCGCGACACGCGCGACAGACGCGACGCGGCGGACGUGCGGCGCGCGCGGCCGAGACCGGCGCCACCGCCAGUUGUCCGGCCGCCGUCGCCGCCGGAUCCUAGAAAGUCUUCUGGAUCCGGGUCGUCAGGAAGCAGCUGUUCGGACGAGUCCUGCUCGGUGUGCUCGGCGAAGAACAAGAAACCGACCGGACCGCCGCCUGGACCUAAAGGGGCUAAGCCACCUCCCGGGGCGCCGCCGGCCAAGCGCCCGCCCGCGUCGGCCGCGCGCGCCGUGCAGCCCACGAGGGAGCUCCUUAAAGCCAGGGAGGCCAGCAAGCGCACACGAGAGGAGAAGGUGCUAGAAUGGCAGCGCUCUCAGAUGGCCGUCAACCGCCCCCCCGCGGCCCCCAUCCCCGCCACGCAGAUCAAGCGGGAGGGAGAGAGACGGCGCGAGCCACGCGACCCGCGCGAGGGAGAGAGGAGACGCGGCGUGUCACCCGCGGCCAUCGCCGCUGCGCUCAAUGAUAGUGACAGCGAUAGCGAGUCUGAUGCCAGCUCGGAGCAACCGCAGAGGUUGACCCUGUCAGAACGUUUCGGCAAGAUGGCGCAGUGGUCCGCCGACCGCAGCGCCCGUCUCGAGAACAUGCGCAUCACGCGCCGGGACAGCGCCCUGCACGUGCGCAUAGAGCGCCCCGACGGAGCGCCCGAGCCCGCAGCGGAGCCCUACCCAGGCCUAGAAGCGGCCCCGGUGGGCAGCUACCCCGAGGAGCUGCUGGCGGCGGCCCCCGGAGGCCUGCCGUCCUGGGACGACGUGCGGGUCCGCUACGACUACUACAAGAAGCGCGGAUAUCUGCGAGGACUGACGCUGAGCGACUACGUGAAAUGGGAGGAGUGGUGGUACAAGUACCAGGAGUGGUUGAAGAGAGAGCGCGCCUACGAGCGCUGGGCUGAGGGCGAGGUGGGAUCGGUGCGACGCGAGCGUCGCCGCCGGGGAGGCCGGCACCGGCGCAGCUGAGGGCGCGCCGCCCCCGCGGCGGUCCUGGCCGUGGACCUGGCCGCGGGGGCGGCGUCCGAGUUGUAGGCGCCACCCCGUGCGGGCCGGCUGCAAUCCUGCGAUGCAGUGGUUGAUCACUAAACCAGCCGUCACCCAAACACACGAAAAAGACUAUUCAGUGAUAGUGUAUACUAACUUUAUGUGCGUAUUAACUCUUGUCAUAUAAUAUAAAUAUAUAAAUGUAAGACAUACUGUACUAUGAAUUAUCUCAAAUGAUUUUUUCGCCAAAACCCUAAGCUGUUAAACAAAAGGCAUUGGUGUCACCGUCAACGCAAGCUCCUGAUGAUACUCCUCGGUACGGAGUGAAACAUGUCGAGCGUUUUUCGACUUAAAAUACGUGAGUGACCCGUUAUAAAUAUAUUUAAUAAAAGGCACUAAAAUUGCUUUUAAAACGGGCGUGAUCCUUUUCACUAAUGACAAAGAUAGAUAUAACUCCGUAAUAGAUAGAUACAGUCUAAGGAAAAAACGUGCCUCGAAAAUCAAGAAAAUUUGAUUCUCGUUCAGAGGGCGCUACUAGUUUUGGCCUACAGUCGUACAGAUGGCGUUGACGGUUUCGUUUGUUAUUUAACAAUUUUAACGCAUAUCAGUGAAAGAACAUGGGUGAAAAUCAUAAAAAUAAUUAAUGCAAAUAAAAUUUUUUUUUUAUCUAUAUUUAAAUACAUUCUGUCGUAUUUUUAAAAAUCUACAUUUUUAGUUUUAAAGUGUGUCGACAGAUGGCAGUGAAUUACUGGGGUUACAAAAUUUACUAUGACAGUACCGCUCUAGUAUAGCCACCGCGGUGCACAAAAGAAACAAUGCCAUUUGUUUAACGGCGUAGGGUUUGUGCUAAAAAAUCAUUUGAGAUAAUUCAUACCAUACCAGUUACUUAAAGCGAGGUUUAGACUAGCAAGAACUUGCAUGUAAUUUUCAUUACAUUGCGGUAUCUGAUAAACAUUUUGAAUGCAGUUUACCUUAGUAGUCGGCAAUGUAACGUUAACUGCAUGCAAGUUCUUACUAGUCCAAACCUCGCUUAACACCAUAUGUGACAUUUUCAACCAAAAGGUACCACAUUGUCGCUUGUCAAUAAGAUUGAUUUCAAAUUGAAGCUAUAUGGAAAUAGCGCCUUAAGGCCGUUCCAUCGGUUUGCCGCUGUCUUUGUCACAUUUCGCAAGAAAGAACGGAAAAGAACAUACGCGCCAAGUGUCAAUUUUGAUCGAAUUUUGUCGGUUUUUAUUUAUUUUUAAAACGUUACCUUACAAUAUCGAAAUUCUAAAGCUAUGAAAUUACUAUUUAUGUUAAGAUUGUUUUUUCUUCUUUUUUUGUUUAUAGUAUCACAUAAUAAAUAACCGAGUAAAGUAGGAUUAAAAGUCCGAGUUAGAGGUUACUUUAGGAGUUAAUUGUGUCGAGCGAAGUGUCAUAAUUCGUGUAUCGGAGGCUAUGUUGUUAAAGAUAAUAUAGUCAAGAACUACAUAUAUUUUUCCCACGUCUACGAAUAUCAACGCCCCUUAGAAAAACAUGAUCAUAUAAGGAGAUUUUUCGCCUUCUGGCUCAGGGAACCGCCUUAAUGACAACCGUCAAUAAGUACCCUUUUGAUUGAAAAUGGCACAUAUAUCAAAUAAGAAUGACGCAACACAAUAACAGAUCACGAAGGGUUGCUUAAGAUUGUAUUUUUACGUACAAAUUUAUUUAACAUGUUAUGAAUUAAUGCGGUAGUGCUGUCAAAAUAUUGCAAAAAUAAUUAUAAUUAUAAUUGAACUAAAUUGAAGCUUUUGAAAUUGUGAAAAUUACAAUAUCACGUUGUGACAAUGAAAAUUUGAUAUUUCACAAGAAUUAAGAUUAAGUGUCCAUUACAUGAAAGCAAUGCUUGAACAAUAAGCAAAUAAGUUGCUAAGGACACCAUGUCUAGAGCCUCGAAAUAUCUUAACCCUAUUAACGCCAAGAACCCAUAAAGUGGUCGUUACUAGUCGUGCCCACAGCGCCAAGGACCACUAUAUGGGUUAUGGCGGACGCUGUUAAAGUAACCUUGACACUUUCAAGUAAAGUUUACAUUCGCUCCAUAGACAUAGUAUAGUAGUUAUAGACAUGAAACCGAGCGACCAGGGGUAAGAGAAAGACAUAAUGUAUUGACAGGUUAAUGUAUGGCAGCAUAAUCCUUUUUCUCUUUCACUCUUAUAAAUUUCGGUAUUUCGCCAUCGCCUCCUACCUAUGCUGCCAUAACCCGACCAUGAAAAAAAAACCCGGUCGGUGAUAAGGACAAAGCAUGGCACUAUUUUCUCUUGUCUUACAGGAAUCGCAAUAAGACUAUCUUUCUCUAUCAAAACGUGUCAGGCCCUUGCUUGCGCCCGUUAUCUUGGUGUAACAGUGACAUUUUUGUUUAUGACCUAAAGCGAUCAAAAGGUUAACACCUUGACAAUAGAGCUGUGUGCAGAUAUUUGUAAGCACCUUGUCCGUUACGAUAUAUCUAAUGUUACGUGGCGAAACUUGCGCCGCUGAUGGGAAUAAUCUAUAUUUAUUUGUAGAAGCUAUGAUUUUGUAUUAAGAUAUAGUAGACCAAUCAAAUUAGGUCCAAAAAAGCAUUUUGAGGCAUUAAUUCCCAGCAAGGAAAUCGCUUUAAUACUUUGGUCCUAAUUGUGUGGACUGAGCGAAGAUGUAGUGACAAAAAUUGAGAAAGGUAUGUUGAGAUGGUUUGGACACGUGGAAAGAAUGAGUGAAAGAAGGCUAACAAAGAGAGUAUAUAUGGGAGAGGUAGAAACGGGAGUUGGAAGGGGCAGACCUCGGCGGACUUUCUCUGAUCAGAUCGGGGAAAUCCUGAAGAAAGGCCAGGUCAAGAGCACCCUAAACCGGCGAGCGUGUAUGAGGAAUGUUAUGAAAGUGAAGGAAGCGAAAGAUGUAUGUCAGGAUCGUAGCAAGUGGAAAUCCGUGGUCUCUGCCUAUGCCUACCCCUCCGGGAAAUAGGCGUGAUUAUAUGUAUGUAUGUAUGUAUGUGUGUAAUCCGAGUUAAUCCCCUGGCGUGCAUACAUUUUGGGAGCCUUGGACGACACAUUUUUCCUUGAAUUAGCAAACCACUCGAUUUAAAAGGAACCCACUAUCAAUUGGUUAUUUAUCUGUAUUUAAAAUAAAUUAUUUUACUCCAUGCUAGACAUAAAGAACCAGAACAUUAAUAGAAAAACGUAGACAGCAGCUAUUUUUAGACACAAUUUCUAUUUUAAAACCCAUAUAAAACUAUAAAGAGAACAAAUUACCUACUCUUUAAUUUUUUUAAUGGCGUUUUCGGAUUUUAACAUGAUCUUACCAAAAAUUAAGAAAUUCAAAAUGGCGGCCAUUUUUUACAACUGACUACGAAUUCAUACCUUACCUAGUUACCUUUCGGAUCAUCGGAUAUCAAUUUUCAUCAUGAUUAGAGCAAAAAUUCCGCCAAACGUAUACCGUUUUCGAACUACAAGCAAAAACUAAAAGAGCCAAAAUGUUUACACCCAGGUGUGUAAAAAUUUUGGCUCUUGCACAAACUCCGAUUACACGCAUUUAGGACCAAAUGAAGGUAAAAAACUAAUUUGAUUGGCCUAUACAUAGAUAUAGAUAAUUAUCUUAAAUAUUUAUUUGUUUUACUAUUACGAUAUUGAACGUAAUUUAAAUGUGUAGGUGGUAUAGAUGUUUGCAAGUGUCUAUUUAAUUUACAUAUUUUAGGAAACUUCUACCAAUAGUUGGCACCUGCCCUACAAAAUAGAUGCCAGUGACUGGUACUUUUCACUGUCAAUGAUUGGGUCGACUUUAAAUUUUGAUGUCCAUGACACCUUAACUAUAUUACAUGAUUGAUACCAUAAAUAUAUGUGUUGUUUUCAAUCAAAAGGUACCACGUUGUCGCUUGCCAUAAGGACGGUCUGACAGGUUAUUCGUAUAAAGAUACAAUCUAAUUUCGUCCUUAUGGUAAGCGACAAUGUGGUACCUUUUUGCUUGAAAACGUCACAAUUAUUAUUCUGAAGAUACAUAUUGGUUGGUAUACCAAAAAAUACUAGAAUUUGUUUCUAGCAAUAUCUAAAUUAUUUAGACAAUUAUUUUAAGUAAGGAUCAAAACAGUACAUUAGUACACCUGUAUAUACAAAUUGAUAAUCUCAUAUAUUUUGUCUUUUAAGUAUGAAAAAGGGAGCUUUUUGGCGCGUGUACAUAGCUUGUAUACGGUCAAUAGAUGUUAUAUUAGGUAUUUAAAUUAAUAAACCACGUGACUUUGUCAUUCACCAAACUAAAUAUUACCACAGAUCCAAGGUUUUAAAAUUAUUCUUAGUCUUUUUACACACUUAUUUAGCUUCACUGCGCAUAUACCUACCUGUGUAUAUAUAGUGUUUCAAAUCUUGUAACUAAAAUUUGAAACAUUUCCCGGUAUCUGAUUCAGUUGAAAUUUGGAGUACUGUCGUAAUUCCGGUGACAAUGCAAUAAUAUGCUAACAUGGAGGUGUUCUGAUGAUGCAGCCGGUAGGUAGCCAAAGGAACUCCUCGAUGGAAAAACACACACAUCAAGCGUAUAGGUUCAUUAUAAAGGUCUCAAGAAGUACUCGAUAGACAUGCAAACGAGAAGAAGUACAGUCAGCAAUAAAAGUGUGUCACAAAAAUUUUUUUUUGACAGUUACUUGAUCUAUGGUACUAUCCUAUUGGCCGAAUGACGGAGUCACAUGUGUUUGUUUUUGUGACAGGUUUUUACCCCUGAAAAAUGUAUAAUAUGAUGAAAAAAAAACUAAAAAAAAAAUAGCUUGUAGUUCGUAACAUACCUACCUAAUUCUAGAUUAAGAUACGCAACGCAAUAAAAAUCUAAACAAAAAAUCAAAAUCUGAGAGCACAUUUCUAUUACUCUGAAUAACUUAUCUGUUGGACACCAAGUUACUAAGUGGCCAGUGCAAUUGAAAUUCUUUAGCUUAGUGACAGACGUGAAAUGCAAAAAAUGGCGGACACCUCGUGGACACAAUUUGUUCUCGACACUCGACAGCUUGUCUAUACAUAUAUAUGUUAUAUAUUGACGACCGGUCUGGCGUAGUGGGUAGUGACCCUGCCUGUGAAGCCGAUGGUCCUGGGUUCGAAUCCCGGUAAGGGCAUUUAUUUGUUCCUGAGUCAUGGGUGUUUUCUAUGUAUUUAAGUAUUUAUAUAUUAUAUAUAUCGUUGUCUGAGUACCCAUAACACAAGCCUCCUUGGGCUUACCGUGGGACUUAGUCAAUCGGUGUAAGAAUGUCCUAUUUUUUUUUUUUUAUAUGUCUGUACGCGGAGGUAUAAAAAGGUAAAGUUGACGCAGAAGCCGAUCUUGUUCAAACUUGUUCGAGAGAUAAACUAGGCAGCUGUGGUGACACUGGUGACUUGGAAAACUCGGUGUCAAUCAUUGGGUGGUUUUGCCCUAGUUUACUAUAUAUUCCCAUGAUAGCACAAAAUGUUGCUUUUUAGUUAAUCAUGUAGUAGAUGUUUAUUAAUUAAUGAGAAUAAAAUGUUUAUAGAAAAAAUCCA